GCUCAGACUCGCGCCGAGCCUCGCCGGGGUCGAAGGCGGGAGGCUGCGGGCGGGAGGCGGCGGUCUAUGCCGGGGCCCCGGGACCGCCGCGGCCAGAGCUCCCAGCCGCCGCCCAGCCCUCCGCAACAUGCCGGUGGCCGCCGGGCCCCGGCCCCGCUGAGCGCCCCCGCUGUGGAUCUAAUGUCUCCGUGAAGGUGCCGCGGCCGCCGCCACAGCUUUGCCCCCGGAGGAGCAGCAGGCUGCGGUAGGAUUUUCUCCCGGUCUCAGAAGCCCAUCAGAGGCACCAGCUGCUCCGCCGGCUCGCGCCCACCUCGGGAAGAUGGGAAGCAAGGCUCUGCCAGCCCCCAUCCCGCUGCACCCGUCCCUGCAACUCACUAACUACUCCUUCCUCCAGGCUGUGAACACCUUCCCUGCAGCUGUGGACCAGUUGCAAGGUCUGUACGGACUCAGCGCCGUGCAAACCAUGCACAUGAACCACUGGACACUGGGCUACCCCAAUGUGCAUGAAAUCACCCGCUCUACCAUCACGGAGAUGGCGGCACAGGGCUUGGUGGACACCCGCUUCCCUUUCCCCGCGCUGCCCUUUGCCACGCACCUCUUCCACCCCAAGCAAGGGGCCAUCGCCCACGUCCUCCCAGCAUUGCACAAGGACAGGCCCCGCUUUGACUUUGCCAACCUGGCCGUUGCCGCCACGCAGGAGGACCCCCCCAAGGUGGGGGAGCUCGCCAAGCUGAGUCCCGGACUGGCCUCGCCCCUGUCGGGCAUCAACAAGCUGUCCCCGGACAGGAAGCCUUCCCGCGGCCGCUUGCCCUCCAAGACGAAAAAGGAGUUCAUUUGCAAGUUCUGCGGCAGGCACUUCACCAAGUCCUAUAACCUCCUCAUCCACGAGCGAACCCACACGGACGAGCGGCCUUACACCUGCGACAUCUGCCACAAGGCUUUCCGGAGGCAGGACCACCUGCGGGACCACCGGUACAUCCAUUCCAAAGAGAAACCCUUCAAGUGCCAGGAGUGCGGGAAGGGCUUCUGCCAGUCCAGGACCCUGGCGGUCCACAAAACCCUACACAUGCAGGAAUCUCCACACAAAUGCCCCACAUGUGGAAGAACCUUUAAUCAAAGAAGUAACCUGAAAACUCACCUUCUUACCCAUACAGACAUCAAGCCCUACAACUGUGAGCAGUGCGGCAAAGUGUUCAGGCGAAACUGUGAUCUACGGCGGCACAGUCUAACUCACACCCCGCGGCAGGACUUCUAGAGCAGCCAGGGACCCGCGCCCGCUCCGGCAGCUCCAACUUGCCCACUUUACUCAAGGAGCGUUUUGUAGGAGCUCACAGACGCGCACACACACACACACGGAGACACGCACGCAGACUCGGGGCCAAGCUUUCCUACCACAUGUCUGCGAAACUCGUUUAGAGAGUGCGGACUGCAGGAUCGGGCCCCUCUCCAACCCACACCCAAGCGUAAAGCUCAUCUUGUAGAUAAUCGCGGCUCAUUUUAGAGCUCUGUACAGAACGUGUUUUUUUCUUUGUUUGUUUGUUUUGUAUUGUGUCAAAUGCACAGCGAUAACAAAUCAUGGAGGCAAAGUAUCUCUUUAAAAAGUUAUUUCAAAAUAAAUCUUUUUUUUUUUUUUU